CUGACUCUUCGACUUGUAUGUAUGUCUACACGAACACUCCACCCAUGCAUGGCGAAUCCAUCAACGCGCACGCACACACGCACAGGCAGACAGACAGACAGACAGAGAGAGAGAGAGAGACGUCUCGACAGGGCAAAGCCACCUGCACGUGUCCGUAUACAGACGACUUGCGCAGCCGAGCGCCACAUGAAACACCCCUCUCUCUCUCUUUCUCUGGCCGUAUGUGCCAUCCAUAUCUCUAGCGUAAGUAAGUCGGCCAUGCUACGAAUGCAUGGGCCCCCCACCCGCACCCCCAAUGCGGCCCCUGUAGCUGGCCGACACGAAUGGUGCGGCGACUGUGGACGAGUAGGGCGGACACUCGGCGUGGUGGGCGGCCUCGAUUUCUGCUGCCAAGAGGAAUGCGUCUUUGCGUUUGGCCCGCAUGUAGCGGAGCGUCGAGCAGCCGACCAGGAUGAAACCUUAUGUCCGCACCAUACACACCCAGGGGGAGAGUGGAGGGGGAGGGUGGAGGGCGGCGGCCUUACCGAGUAUGAAGGUGGUGGAGACGCUUGACAGCACAAAGGCCCAGUGGGGCAGGUCAGCUGCAGUGCGGAAGCUGGAAGAAGGGAAACACGCAGCGAGAGAGAGAGAGAGGCGGUGCAGGGCCGGGCUCGGCCAUGCAGGUCCAUGUAUGUAUCUUUGUGCAUGUUGGCAUACAUACUUGUUUGCGUACACUGGUGUCGACCCGACUCGGAUGAUGUCGAUGAUCCACCAGACCCCAAAACCACCCAAACUCACAGCCUUCAUCGACCCUGACAGGUAGAUAGACAGACAGACAGACGAGAGCCAUGCAUGACCUUGAUGGAUGCAUCCAUCAAAGAGACCAGCCAAUGGGUUACGAACAAACAUGAACAGUCGAUUGUGAUGUGAUGAUAGCGAGCAACAGACACUCAAAUGGACAAACGAUGCCUGCCUGCAUGACACAGAUGCCUGCAUCACAAACAGACGGACCUAUCAGUGGGUGUCCGAGGUAGAAGAGGUCUGCGCCGAGGAACCCGAAGAAGAGAGACAGGACGUACGCAAGGGCCUGUCUCCACAGAUAUGAGCAUCACCGUUUAACCGUAUGGAGACACACAUACGCGCACACAAACAACAACUAUCGUGCUGUGCUUACCUGUGAUUUUCUCUUGGUGCGGCAUUCUGGGUCAGCCCAUUCUCUGUCGCACUGGCAGAACUGAAGAGUCCGGCCGCCCGCGAUUGACGGCGCAUCCUGCCUGAAAGAGGGUGUGGCAUGUUUGUAUAUAUACCAACUUGUGGAUAUGAUGAGUUAUCGAUCAACAUGUCUGACUGACCACUGCUUGCAGGUGCCUCUGCCGGAGCACUGCAGCGAGGGGGCAAUGGAGGUCUGCAGGCUGCAGCUGUUCCUGCACGCAGGCAGACCACCACACGCCACCUAUCACCCACAACCGUGUGUCCUCCAUGAAAGGUACCUGACUCGUCUGCCGUCAGUGUCGACAAAGUCGUAUUUGAGGAGGUAGUUGGGCUGCUGCCGCCACUUGCCCACCGUGUGCUGCCCAGCUGCACACACACAAACAUGCAAACAUCCACACAUCACAAGGCUCGUGCGUGAUUGUCCGGGCUGUGCGCUCACUGAUGUCUGAGGUCAUGCUCCGUCCCUCCAGAGACAGAACACACGUCAGUAGCGACGCUGGACAAUCACGACAGCAACAACAGACAAACAGACAGACAGACAGACAGACGAACGGACGGACGCGCAGAAUUCGAGACAUAUCAGAGCUGGAUUGUGUGUUUAUACCGGAUAUGAUGAAUCUAAGGAUGAGGGCGGCUGAUGAGCGCCUAGCACCGCCACCAGCAGCAGCAGCGGCAGGCCUCUUACCUUUCUCGUACACAAUAGUCACACCACCACCAUCGCCCGUCGGCUCCUCUGUCAGAUUGUCUGGUGGCGGCUCCUCUCUCUCGCUGUGGUCUGCACGUGGAUCGUUCUUCUCCGUCUCCUCGGGCGGCGCGCCAGGCGAUCCCGAUGACCUGUUGGGUGGUACGAACGGACAAUGUGACAGACUGCCACGCGCUACAUGUAGCUAGCUGCCGUUAUUUGACUGACUGACCAUGCUGCCAGCUGUAUGAUGAGGGCGAUGAUAAGCGCAAGAGGGGACCACAGGGACGAGAGGCGGGCAGCGCCUGACAGACAUGACACACAGACAGGAGUGAGUAGUGAGCGACUCGUAAGCGGAUCGGAUCCUCCUGGCCCAGUCAGUCAGACCAGUGCAGAAAGACGACGGGCCAGCAUGGUCGACAUAUCCUGCACGAGAUGAGAUGUGGAUCGAUGGGGGACAGAGAGAGAGAGAGAGAGGCAGAGAGGCAGAGAGGCAGGGAGGCAGGACCAGUCCGAGUAUGUACAUGUCAGUCAGGUGUCUCCACAUGUACGGUUAUCGACCGACCAACCAAGCCGCCCACCUUGUGUCUGCAGUAGCGACCCGUCCGGUAGGGCCUUGGUGUGAGUGAAUCGGCACUGCACACUCUCGUCGCAACACUCCACCCCGCAAUGCCUUCCACAGAGUGAGAGGAGACCAAAGGCAUCCAUCACAGGCAGGCAGGAGCUUGGUUCGGUAACAUUAACUCACUUCACAUAGUUUUGGCAGCUGCUUCGGCAUGGCCGCAGGUACGCCGUCGACCCACCUGGAUGCAGAGGAUGCAGAGAAAGACAGAGAGAGAGAGAGACAGAGAGAAGACGGUCUGGUCUCGCACAUGAGCAAGCCCAUACCUGGCGUGACGCCGGCUUCGCAUUUUGGAAAGUAGGUGUAGCACGACAGCCGCCACACGUGCUUGAUGCAGUCAUCAGCACUCUCCCACGGCUCUGUGUGUUCCCAGAAGUCUAUGCCCAUCCCCCCGAGGUGGUAGGCGAAGGUCGUGACGGCCUGGCCGUCGGCAGCUGAUACGUUGACCACCCCGGCGCGCAAGCCGAAGUCAUAGUCCACCACAUCGCCGCAAAACCUGCAUGAGCAAACACCCCUACCGUUCGUGUUGGAUUGGGUUGCUGUGUGGAAAGCCUAUGCAUCACCGACCGCAUUGCGCUCCCGUGUGUGGUGUAGUCCAUGCAUGUGUCUGCGGACAGACGGACAGACAGACCGAAAAACAGACACAUACCAGCCACCCAGCCUUCAAUGAAUGCCGGCUGGCCGGGCCCUCUCUGCAGUGUGUGGAUGGAUGGAUGGACAGACGCGUACAGUCCUUGUGGCUUUCGAGCAGCGAGAGGUCCUCGAGCGCCGGGAAUAUGGGGUUGAUGCAGUAGGCAGGGCGGCACACCGCAUUGGUGGAAUAGAUCUCCUUGCCUUGACCUACUACCAGCACCACCCUGCACCAACCAAGCAGGGCCUUGCUUGUUCUGUCAUUUCGCUCUUUGGGCUCACCAUUGCGAUGUGUAGAGCAGCCCAAGCAGUCUCAACAUGGUGCAGAUCUCGUCAUCC